UAUCACGUCCUGAGUGGAACAGCAAACGCUUCCUCAGUACAGUACACAUAUAGAAGCCUUAUCAGAUACUCUUCUCGGCAGGGACACCCAGUCACCUGGCUGCAAAUCCCUAAUACGGUGUCCUAUUUAUGAUGAUGGAUUGAUCAGUUGACCUGUCAAUCUGUCACUGUGACAUAUAUAAACCAAUCAAACAGGUCAGGGACUCUUAUUCUCCAACUUGCAUCUAAUCAACCUACAUCCACCUCUACUCAUUCACCAUGACCGUCUGCCAGGCCUUCGCCAGCGCUCUCGCUAACAAGGGCAUGAACCCACAGCAGCUCGCUAUCGCAACUCAAAGUGACCAAGGCCGCAUAUCCCAGAUUUGCGCGGGCACCGUGACCCCCACGAGCGCAGAAUACAGCAAGAUUGCAUCUGCGUUGGGUCUGAGCAGCGUCCCUGCUAGUCACCCUUAGUUUUGAACCUUUUUUACUGUAUAGUAUUCGUAGUCUUUGUAUCAAUAACCUAUGGAAUGAUAUGCUGGACGAGACAACUGCUGGCAGUGAUUGCGAUACGACGAGCACGGCGACUUGAUGUCCUAAUCGAGCACAGCCUACCCAAUACCCAAAUAUAUUCAACAGAUAGAAGCAGACUCACGAUAAAUAUUGGUCAGCCUAUCG